UAGUUUCCAUGAGAUAUAAAGAAAUGUGUUGAAUAUUCAGCUUCAGACUGAUUUGCAUAUUUCUCAGCCUGGCUACUGUUACUGAGUUCUGUCUAAAGGAGAAGUGGUGAAUCUCUAAUAUGAGCUAAAUUGUGUCGUUUUCACACACAGUUCUCCCUCCGUUCAGUGUAGAAGCGUCAGCUUGAGCUCUGUCUUCAACUCUCUUCUCUGGUGAAUGUAAAUGAUGGAAACAUUGGUGACGUUCCUCCUCACUGGAUCUCUGAUACAAGGUGUUUUGUGUGGCUUUAAUAUCAAUCUGCCGAAUAAAGUAGAAGCUCUGAACGGAUCCUGUGUUUUCAUCCCCUGCACAUUUGAUAUUGAUCAACGAUAUGAAGCUGACCUCACUGACAGUGCAAAGAGAGUGUGGGUUAAAGUCGGAGACCCUCACGUUAUAGUGUUUGACUCCAGCAGACCCAACACUGGACAGUUAAAAGGAGAAAUAUUUGGCACUGCUACACAGAAAAACUGCACCACACGCUUCGAUAAUGUUGAUCAGAGUCAUGAUGGGUCAUAUUACUUCAGAAUCGAAACCAGUGGUAAAUUGAAGCUUAGUUACAGAGGACCUACAUACUCUCAAGUUGAAAUUGUCGUCUUAGGAUCUCCACCCAAACCUACACUGAGCAUCUUUCCGGAUCAGGAGGAGGUGAUUGAGGGAAGUUCAGUGAGUCUGCGCUGCUCUACUAAGAUCUUCUGUCCGUCUCGUCCACCAUCUCUCACAUGGAGCUCGUCUCUCAUCGAGAGCGUCACAGGACGACAGUAUCAGAGCCAAACUGAGCUCAUCUCUGAUCUGAACUUCACUGUUUCUCACCGUCAUCACAGAGUCACUUUCACCUGCACUGCAACACACCAGAUACAGAAGCAGAACACAACACAAGAGUCUCGUCUGCUAAACGUUCAGUAUGCUCCUAAAAACACAUCGGUGAGGAUAAACCCAGCUGGUUUAGUUCUGGAGGGUCGUUCAGUGACUCUGAUCUGCAGCAGUGAUGCAAACCCAGCAGUGAAGUACACCUGGUACAGAGACACUGAGAGACCUCUGAAUCCAGUUCAGACCGGACCAAACCUGGCCAUCAACAACCCCGACCCGACACACAGCGGACGAUACUACUGUACAGCUGAGAACAAACACGGCACACAGAACUCAUCAGUGCUGCUGGACGUCCAGUACGCUCCAAAAAACACAUUGUUGUCAGUGUUUCCCUCCAGCUCAGUGAUAGAGGGCAAUCCAGUGACUCUGAUCUGCAGCAGUGAUGCAAACCCAGCAGUGAAGUACACCUGGUACAGAGACACUGAGAGACCUCUGAAUCCAGUUCAGACCGGACCAAACCUGGCCAUCAACAACACCGACCCGACACACAGCGGACGAUACUACUGUACAGCUGAGAACAAACACGGCACAAAGACCUCAUCAGUGCUGCUGGACGUCCAGUACGCUCCAAAAAACACAUUGUUGUCAGUGUUUCCCUCCAGCUCAGUGAUAGAGGGCAAUCCAGUGACUGUGAUCUGCAGCAGUGAUGCAAACCCAGCAGUGAAGUACACCUGGUACAGAGACACUGAGAGACCUCUGAAUCCAGUUCAGACCGGACCAAACCUGGCCAUCAACAACACCGACCCGACACACAGCGGACGAUACUACUGUACAGCUGAGAACAAACACGGCACACAGAACUCAUCAGUGCUGCUGGACGUCCAGUAUGCUCCAAAAAACACAUCGUUGUCAGCGUUUCCCUUCAGCUCAUUGAUGAGGGGCAAACCAGUGACUCUGAACUGCAGCAGUGAUGCAAACCCAGCAGUGAACUACACCUGGUACAGAGAGACAGGGUCUCAGUUUGAGCUCCUCCAGACUGGAUAUAAUCACACCUACAUUGUGACAAACCCUACACACGGAGCAUGGUAUGGCUGUAAAGCUCAAAACCAGCAUGGCCACUGCAAUGCUACAAUUCAGCUGGAUAUUCAGUUUGCACCCAAUAUCUCCAUCUCUUGCAGUCGAAGCAGUGUAACGGAGUGUGUGUGUGAGGCUCAUGGGAAUCCCUGUCCUACACUAGAGUGGCGUCUCUCUGGACGUGUGAUCACUAACUCUACAGAAACCUCCAUCAGUGAGGAGACGUUAGGAAGCACAGGAGUGAAGAGCGUCCUGAACAUCCAUCAGUCCCUCACAGACACGGACGUCCUGCAGUGUUUCAGCACAAACAAAUACAGCAGCGCCAGCCAACAGUUUCAGUUCGUCCCACUGCCACAAGACACACGUUUCCAUCAUCAGUCGGUGCUGCUCGGAGCUGCUGUCGGAGCCUCAGUGAUGAUGAUCGCUUGCUUCGUGAUGCUCUGCUAUAAACGAAGAAGGAAAGAAAAAUCUUCAGAAACCACACAAGAUGAGACAUCUGGAUUCAUUCUGACUCAAACAGCCGUUUCUCUGGAUAAUGACAGUGAGUCUGUUUACGCCAAUAAAGGCAUGCUGUCAUCCACCCCACCGAGUGCACCUGAAUCUCUUCUUUAUUCCUCCAUCGACUUCACAAAUGCUGACCCGCUGUCAGGAGAGAUCAUGGGCCUUGCCUCGCUGACCAGUGAAUACGCUGCAAUCCGACGGCGUCCUGCAGGAGCCACAGACACAGAGAACAACGCCUCAACAUCUGAGACAGAGCCCAAAAAAACACACAUGACAGCAAAGAUCACAGACACAUCCUCACCGGCAUCAGAAGACGUGAUUUAUGAAAACACAAACCAUCGCUACAGACAGAAGUGCUAAGAUUAAUCUUUGAGAAUCUAGAGAAGUCUAUAAAAAAAGGGGUCAAAAGUUCAUUCAUGCAUUUUUCUUACCAGAUCAGCAAUGGAAAAUGUACUUGACCUCAGAGUGUUGUUUGUGUCACACAUUUAUUUUGUGAACACUGUCAGCUUCUUCUGGUGUCACACUUUAACACACAAACCCAGAAGGAGCUGCAUAAUUUAUUUUUACAAUUGUAUUUUAUUAUACAGCAAUGUAUUUUAUUUCCUAUUCAAAAUAUAUUUAUUUUUAUGUCUAUUUUUACUUUUUUACUUUUUUUUUUUAAUUAAAUUUAUAAUUAUCAGUUGUGUUUUAAGAGAUGUGCAUCAAAUUUAUCCAAUGUUUCUGAAGAAGCAAUAGUCUACAAUCUCUAUUAAUAAUACUGGGUGCUACUGGGGUUCCUCAAGGCUCAGUACUUGGACCACUUCUCUUCUCCAUCUACAUGACAUCAUUAGGAUCUGUCAUUCAGAAGCAUGGCUUUUCCUAUGCUAUGCUGAUGACACUCAAUUCUACUUCUCAUUCCAACCAGAUGAUCUGACGGUAGCUGCUUGCAUUGCAGCCUUGUCUUACAUUUCUAGCUGGAUGAAUGACCAUCGCCUUCAGCUCAACCUUACUGAGACAGAAAUGGUGGUGGUUCAAGCUAACCCAUCUUUUCAUCACAACUUCUCAAUACAGCAGGGUUUGUCAACCAUAACUCCUUCAAGGACAGCCAGAAACCUAGGA